AUGUCCACCACUACCCUUGACACCUCUUCCCCGAGCGCCUACGGGCCCUCUGAGACAGCUCUUCUUCUUCUUGAUUGGUACACCCUCUUCGUUGAGAAGGUUGCUGGUCCAUCCGCUGAACCAGCCUUGAAGGUCGCGGUUGAGCUCCGAAACUGGGCCAAGGCUCAAAACAUCACCGUUAUUCACUGCCUUGUCGACGCAAACGGCACUCCCUUUCCGGCCUGCAAAGGCGUCGAUCGCUUUCAAGGUCUCUUGGAGAUUAUGAAGAACGUGGAACAACCCGAACCAGCUGAACUUCGGACCGAUGACAAUGACGAGCUCACCUUUUACCGGGUCCCGGGACAUAUCUCGGCGCUCAAAUCCCCAGGCUUACUUGCAUAUUUGAAGGAGAAGGGAAUCAAGUCUCUUGUCCUCACUGGCUUGAGCACUUCUGGCUGUGUUCUAAGAACUGCAGUUACAGCAACGGAUGCUGAAUUUGCAACAACGGUUAUCAGCGACGCUUGUGCUGAUGGGGAUGGGGACCUUCACCGGGUCAUCUUGGAUAAGAUCAUUCCUUCUAGGGGUCACGUGAAAAUUGCUGCAGAGUUUCGGAAGGAAUUUGAAGCAUCUCGGAAUGCUUGAGCUGUAGAAGUGAGAUUGGUACGACUUAUGACAAGUCCAGAAUCAGAGAAAUCUC